AUGAUCCACAGCAUCACUACCAAGACUUUCUUUCUGCUCUGGGCUGCAGGUGUUUCUCAGUCUGUGCUGAUUACUCAGUGGCCCCAGUACAUCUCCCGUCCUCCCAAUGGCAUUGCAGAAAUCAACUGCUAUCAAAAUGACACUGAUUAUGAUUAUCUGUACUGGUACAAACAGCUGAGAGGACAAAGUUUCCAGUUAAUGGUGAUGGUAGCAGCUGGAAGUUCAACCUUUGAAGAGGAUUUCGAGUCUGGCUUCGAGGCAAAGAGACUGAAUAAUAAUAAUAAGCAUUGGUCUCUAAAAAUACAGAGCAUUCAGAAAAAAGAUGAGGCUGUUUAUUUCUGUGCUGCCAGUCAACUCUGUGCCAAUUAUGAAGCUCACUUCGGUGCAGGAACUAAACUGACUGUUCUCGAACCAAAUCGUGACAUCACCUCGCCGACAGUCAAAGUUUUUCCACCUUCUCUAAAAGAGUGUGAAAACCAGAAAGAGAAGGAGAAAAGGAAGAAGACGAUUGUUUGUGUGGCUCAUGGAUUCUACCCGGACCACGUCAGCAUCGACUGGACCCUCAAUGGGCAAAAGAUCAGCUCAGGCGUGGCCACGGACAGCGCCGCCAAGCUGGAGACAGAAAAAGGGACGUACAGGAUCAGCAGCAGGCUGAGGGUCUCGGAUGAAAACUGGCAUGAUCCUGGAAAUGAGUUCAACUGUACUGUCAGCUUCUAUGAUGGGAAAACAACGGUCGAUACAACAGCUUCAGUUAAAGGAGUAGAAGCUAAAGGAAGAUCCCUGUCAAGAGAGAAAUACCUGAGGGUCACCCAGAGCGCCAAACUCUCCUACACGGUUUUCAUCGUGAAGAGCUUUUUCUACGGAGCCUUCGUGACUUUUCUGGUGCUGAAGCUUCAGUCUUCAGCUGGAAAUCACAAGAGCUGAGAGCCGAUCUGAUCUGUAGAAGAAUGAUCAUUUUGGAUUCUGGAAAUAAAGUUUUCACAGUUUAAUCUCCAGAUUUCAGAGCAUGUUUGCAAGCAUACAUAUCAGUAAAGGGCGAAUGUAAUUCUGCUUAUGUUAGAGGAAAAAUUUUACAUGUAAUGUUGCCAAAAUCUUAAUGACAGUCGAGUACUUUGCUUUAAGUCUAUUCUGCAAACAUAUAUUUUUUAUUAUUUGUCUUUUUAAUGCCUUUAUUAGAUAGGACAGAUUUUAUAGAGAGAUGAAACAUGGGUAGCGAGAGACAGGGAUGAUAUGACUCCAGGAGUUAGGAUCAGGAGUCAGACCUUGGACCACCGUGACGAGGACUGUAGCCAUCUGUCUGCUACCAUCUGAGACAAACCAGUGCCCUGUUUCUGUAAAUACUUCAUCUGUUUGAAUGAUGAUAAAGAUUUGAUGCUUCAGUUUCUUCUUAAUAAAAGAUUUUCAGACAAUC